AUGCCUUCUCAGCCCCCACUUCCACCCCUCCUUGCGCCAUAUCUAUCAACCCAACCCGAGUCUUCAUUGACGCUGGUUUCCUCAAUUCUCGGCGCAACAUCUAAUUGGCUGAUAUUGAGAUUUCUACAUGCUGCCCUGAGCAACUCGUCAAACAAUGCCUUCAUCGGUCUCGAGGAUUCCCCGGAUAGCAAGAAGAAAAAAGUCGUUCUUGUGAGCUUCCUGCGGGGUUGGGAAUUCUGGAAGGCAGAGGCCAAGCGACUGGGCCUUGACCUCACUCGCUUGGCAGGCAAGCAACAAUUCGCAUAUGUGGAUGGCCUCUCAGAGCUAUUCACCACCCCAAAGCCCGCGGCCCGGCACAUUGCCGGGAGAUCGCCAGCGCAAGCGAAUAACCCAAUAGGGCAGGGAAAUGCCAGUGGGCCUAUCAAUUCGGAGCCUGGAGUCGCCAAGAAGUUGAACUUUGCUGGACAAGGACUGACGGCCUUGGACGCACUGGAGCGGGAUAUCUCAACGGUCAUUGCAAAGCUCAAGACAGCAGAAGAUGACGAGGUUCUUUUGAUAAUUGAUCAGCCUGAUUUCCUACUUGCGUCUACAGGCCCGAGCUAUGCGAUAGGUGCGACGGAGAUGAUGGAUUGGGCGACAGGUUUACAACAGGCCGCUCAUGCUACAGUACUGACGUUGGCUGCGGAUUCGCCACUUCUACACAAUGCACCGGUUGCAAGCAAUCAGAUGUCUACACCAGUCGAGUCGGAACAUGCCGCAUUUGCGAUUGGGUUGGCGCAUCGGGCUCAGUCGGUCAUGCAGCUCCGCACUCUGGAGACCGGAGCCGCAAGGGACGUGAGUGGGGUGUUGCGGAUCAGCCGCGGUGGAGGCUGGAGUACUGGGGCAGAGGAGAAUCUCGAGGAAAAAGAACUGCUGUUCUACAUCCAGCGAGAUGGCGGAGUCCGGGUGUUUGGGCGUGGGGAGUCUUGA